CCAUCUUUGGAGGACUUCAGUACUGAGCUGACAACCGCUCUAGCCCGCUCCGCUGACUCUAUGGUGAUCCGGCUGGACCCGGAGAUGCAGCUCACAGUGAAAGCACUAAAAGGCAAAGAGACUAAUAUUCAGGUCUCUGAAAAUGACACCAUUCUCACAGUGAAAAGAUUGGUAGAAGACAAGUUACAGGUACCGGUGUCACAGCAGAGACUGCUGUUUAGAGGAAAAGCCCUCUCAGAUGAACAUAGUCUAUCCUUCUACUCCAUUGGACCUGACUCAAGGCUGAACCUGAUGGUGAAAGAACGAGCAUCCCCCGAGGCGGGAGGAAACGCAGUAUGGAAAUCGCUAGCUGUCAUUCUGGGGAGACAUUUCAGCCCCUCAGAUGCAGAAAGAAUUCUGGAAUACGUGCAGAAGGACUAUGAACGCAGCCUGUCAUUACUCAGCUUGGAUGACAUUGAGCGUCUAGCUACACGAAUUAUUCACCCACAGCUACCAGAAACCAUAGACCUCGGAUUCCUGGACUGACACCCCUGGCCCUUCACAACAUACUUGUAUCCCAAUCCUGUACAGUACCCAACUUGUAUUGCAAUAAAACACAAAAA